CCUGCUAUCGUUUUUGUUGCCCUUCCCUCGGUUGGGCGGAACUGUAGUGCGUGGGUUGAGUUUUCCACACCGACGCUCUUUGCUCAAGCCCCAUUUCCAUGCAUUCGGUGCUCUAGGCAAAUCGUCCCCUCGGGUUGCGAAAGCGCCGGGACUGGUGUGCGAGCGCGAGAGAAGGAGAGCGCGAGAGAUUCUUCGGCCAUGGGGGGCGAGACGAUGUUGCGGACCCUGCUAUACACCGUCAACUCCCUGCUGCAGCAGCGCAGAUACCAGGCGGCGUUGGCCGUCGUCAAGGGCUUCCGUAACGGAGCAGUGUAUGGAGCAAAAAUACGUGCCCCCCAUGCUUUAGUGAUGACAUUUCUCUUCAGGAGUGGAAGUUUAAGGGAGAAAUUGAAAGCAAUUGUUCGUGCCACUUACACUCAUUCCAGAAACCUGGCAUACUUUGUAUUCACAUACAAGGGCCUGUUGGCCCUACAGUCGCGAAUGCAGGGAAAGAAGAUCCCAUUUCACUCUUUCCUCGCAGCCUGCAUUGGAGGCUGGUUGGUGUUUGGAGAAAAUAACAAUAUUAACAGCCAGAUAAACAUGUACCUAUUGUCUCGUAUCCUGUUUGGCUUGUCCCGACUGGCAGUGGAGAAAGGUUACAUCCCAGAGCCAAAACAAGAUCCCUUUCCACUCUUUGCUGCUCUGGUUUGGGGGAUUGUUCUCUGGCUCUUUGAGUACCACCGACACACUCUACAGCCAUCAUUGCAAUCAUCCAUGACCUACCUGGAUCCGACACGCAGCUUGUGAGAACACCUUACAUUCUGACUAGAUGUUUCUGUUCCUUAAGAAUGUAAAGCUAAGUUUGCAAUUGUGAUGGAGAUCACUAAGAUACUGGGCAGAAAAGGUGAUUUUAAAAAGAAGCCUACAUGCAUAUAUUUCUAGAAUCCUUAGACUGUAAUCUCAAAAUAUUACGGUUUACUUAAGCUUUUCAUGCUGAAAGAAAUAAUAAUUUCAGUAUAAGGAUCUUGUACAAGUGUAACAUGCCUGUCAACUGUAAUUUGGCAUCUGCCAGCUUCAUUAAAAUGAUAUGCAAAUUAUGGGGAGCAAUUAAAUAUGCAUAUUAGCUGCAGCUGUCCAAGUCAUGGCUACGUUGGCAGUGUGGCCUUCACACUGACCAAGUUGUCUACCUCUGCUCUAAAUGAUUUAUACUGUUAAUUAAACUGCAGCUUAAUUAAAUUCAUCUUCCUAACAACAUGGAAAUGAUUAAUUAUAAACAAGUAAUGUUGCUAUUAUCCAGUAUUUCAUAUUAUCACAGAAAAUACAGUCAUGGGUUAAACCAUAUAGAUGUUGAAAGUAUACUGGUGCCUGCCCUGGUAUUUUUGACUACCUUGGUUCUAGGGACAAGGGUGGCACUUAAAAGUAUUGUGAACAGAAGUAUUAUUAUUAUUAUUAUUAUUAUUAUUAUUAUUAUUAUUAUUAUUAUUAUAUUUUAGUUUAAAGACCAUUCAAUAAUUCAGAAUUUUGUCGUUCACAAAGCUGACCAGCUAAUCCUAGCCAAACCAGUUGCUGAAACAUAUUGUCACAGCUAUCACAAAAAGGCCACAAUGGGAUAAGAUCUUGAGGGCUAAUGACAUGUUACACGUUGCCAUUUUAAGGAGCUGUGCCACACUAUGGAGCCAUGUUGGGUACUAAUUAAUACAUCUUUCAUCUUGUCUAUAUGUCAGAAACACACUAGGGGAAUCCCUGACUUGCCCCGGUUCCCCAGCACAUGUUUUUUGCAUUGUAGAAAAGACGAGAGAGAAGUCAAAUAUGUACUUCAAACAUUAACCUGUGGAGAGAUCUCUUUGAUCUCCAAAGAAUUCUUUUAAGAGCUGUACUAAGCAUUAUAUACAGAUGUAUGUAACAUUCUCCUGUGUGCGUUUUCUUCCUAUUGAAGUAAGAAGCAGCUUCAGGAGGCUGCAAACUUAAGUGUGCCUCUUUCCCAUACUUGCUGUAUUUCUCCUCUGCACACACACCACAACCAUGACAGAAAAGAUUUUGACAUCCAUGUGGGGAAGGAGGGGAGGUGCCAGAAAAAGCAGCAAGCACACAGAAGGGUUAAACAGCCUCCCUACUCAACAUUACAUCAUUCCUAUACUAUCUAUCUCUCUAUAUGAUGGGAAGUUACCUGUAUCUGUGUACAUAACAUCCAGUUUUUCCUUAAUGGUAUCUAACUAGUUUGUUUCACUUCUGCUUGCAAAGAGACUGAGAAAUAAAAAUGAGAUGGUGACAAUUAUUAGGUCAUGCUGCUCUUGAAUCGUUGAUUUGGUAAAGAAAACAGAGAGGCCUUUCCCAAUAUCCAUUUAGGAGAAACAGAGUAAUGCCCAGCCUGAACACCCAGCACUAAAUUGAAAUUAGUUAAUUGUUCAUGACUCUGUAGCUGCAGAUAGGAGCCCUCCAUGCCUUGUGUAGGCUAUUCGGAGUCAUGACGACUGGUUUGGUUUAGUACAAGAAGUGCCAAUAAGCAUUGGGAACCCUGGCUUUGUGCAAGCUACUUCUCGAAUGAGAUGUCUUGGGGAAAGAAGUGUAUAUGUGAACCGGGGGAGUAUCUCUGGUGGGUUGCUGUACUGAAGCUGAGUCUUGUCUUCUUCUUUUCUUUUUUAGAAGUACAUUCUUGAACAGCACAAAAGUAAAGGCAGUUAGUUCUGAAGAACCCCCCUCCCCCGAAGUACCUAGGAAGGAUUGGCUUUGUUCAUGUAAAUGUCACCUCUGUCGUUGUUGUUCCCCCCCAACCUUUAACAGAAGGUACAUCAUCUUGUUAUGUUAGAUUGAAAUACAGAUUAAUAUUGAAAGUUGCAAAUCCAGUCCUGAAUAUUCCCUCUUUUGGGUGUGCGGAUAUCCUUUCCAGUGUCUGCAUAAUUUGCACUGCACUCUUAAACUAAGGUUACCAGAUUUUUUUCAGUGAAUCCAGGGACACUUUUCAACUUCCUACUAAAUAGAUGGAUUUUGUCAGGGGACUGAUUUGUAAAUCCAGGGACGUCUGGUAACCUUAUCUUAAACACUAUUUUUAACCACCUUUGAGGCAACAGAACUGUGCGAUGUUAAAGAAGAACAACCUCCAUUCCCCUGAAGUGGACAGGCUGGUGGACGGUCUGGCUACCCUUUGGGAUGGAGGUGGGGGGGUUAAGCGGAUCUGUUCACCCUGAAUAAACUUACUCCACGGA